CGCGGACGCACGCACAGGCACAGUCGCACACUGACACGAACGCGGCGAAUCCCAGCGUCGGCGAAAUCUGCGGCCUUUUCUCUCCUCUGCAGGCCGUGGGCAGUGGCGCCGCCGCGCGAUGGGGUCGGUGUCCCUGAACGUGGCGUCAUCCCGGCGCGGCGGGCGGCGCCUGGCGUGGCUGUGCUCGUCCGCGCUGCUCAACCUGCUCGUGCUGCUCUCCCUCCUCUCCACCAACCUCCUGGCGCUCCGCGCCUUUCUCUCCCCCCGCGCGCACUCCGUCCCCGCCGCCGGCGCCGCCAACCUCUCCUCCUCCGCCGCCAUCUCCGCGCAGGUGGCCGCCAUCGCGCGGGAGAUCGACGCGACCCGCCUCGUCCCGCGCCACGGCGGCGGCGCCCUGCCCCCGGAGCUGCUCCUCUUCCUGUCCCCGCACGCGCUCCCGCUGGGCCGCGACGCGCGCACGGGGCUCACCCACAUGCCGGCCUCCGUGGCGCACGCCUGCUUCCGCUCCCCGCCCACGCUGGCGCUCCUGGCCGCCUUCGCCACCUACACGCCCCACACCGCCUGCCCGCGGCGCAACGCCACGCUCCCGCACCGCCUCAUCUCCAAGGCCUGCGAGCCGCUGCCCCGCCGCCGCUGCCUCUCCCGGGGCCCGCGCGCCGCGCUCCCGGCCUCCAACAUGGGCGUCGACAGCCACCGCUGGGUGAAGCCGCGCCACGACCACGAGUUCCUCAUCGACGACGUCCUGCGCCUCGCCGGCGGCGGCGGCAAGAUCCGGAUCGGCUUCGACGUCGCCGGCGGCGCCGCCAACUUCGCCGCCCGGAUGAGGGAGCGCGGGGUCACCGUCUUCACCACGGUACUCGACAGCGCCGGGAAGCCCAUGAACGAGUUCGUGGCGGCCAGGGGGCUGUUCCCGCUGCUGCUCUCGCCGGCGCACCGGUUCCCGUUCUACGACGGGGUGUUCGACCUCGUGCACGUCGGGACCACCGCGCUGGCCGAAGGAGGGUCGCCGGCGCUGGGUCAGGCCGGGACGGAGGAAGCGCUUGAGUUCUUCAUGUUUGAUGUCGACCGGGUGCUGCGCGCCCGUGGGCUGCUCUGGAUUGACAGCUACGUGUGCCACAGCGAUGAACGGAGGCAGCUGCUCGUCAGGCUAAUUGGUAGGUUUGGUUACAAGAAGCUCAAAUGGGUAACGGGAGAGAAGGCCGGAACAGGGAGCGCAAAGCCGGCGAUGUACCUCUCUGCAGUGUUGGAGAAGCCGGCACGAAGUUGAAAUCAAAUGAAUGGAGUGGAUGGAUCAUGUUAGGUAGUUGUUAGCCUGUUAGGUAGUUGUUGCUCAUCUGGCAGAUUGCAGUGAUGUGCUGCUAUUCUCAUUCAAGCAGAGAAGGAAAGCAAAGGAGGGCCCUUUGAGCUAUUUGUUCAUGUUAUCUAUCUAAAACUAUUCUUUUGCUGUCAGUUAUAGUGUAUGGCACCAGCACCAUUUCUUCAAA